AUGAUGACAAGACUCCCAAGUGCUGCACUGCAUACUCUGUGGAUCCUUUUCUUUUCAUAUACCACAUAUGAAGUUAUGGCUGCAGGGCACGUACAGGAAUUUGCAUGCUUCACUGACUAUGACAAAGAGCUGGUUUGUCACUGGAAGGUGCCUGCACAAACGAAUUGCUCCAAAGAAUUCCUGCUCCGCUACGGGGAGGAACAUUGUGAGCAAGAUCAUGUGUGUGUUCCUGUGAAUGGAAAAGACAGUUUAAGGUGCACUUGCACAAUAUGUCAGGAUUAUUUUGUAUCAGCUCUCACGUAUAGUCUAUCUCUACAGUUCAACGGGAGGGACAUGUGGAAUUACAGUGUUACACCAGCCCUGGUUGUUAAGCCAAGGGCCCCCAAAAAUCUUGCCAUUAAGAAACUUGAAAAUGGUAAUUUCAAUCUGAGCUGGGAGGAGAGCUACUCUCCUCCAUCCAUGCUCUCUGGACACCCGGUCAUCUAUGAAGUGAAAUACUGGAGGAAGCAGCACCCAACAGAGGUUUCUGUAAAAGCAAUUAACUACCAGGCAAAAAGCUUUGAAAUUACUGCAAACUCCUUGAGGAGAGGCUAUGAUUACGUUGCAAGUGUAAGGUGUAACUAUACAGACUACCCAGCCUACUGGAGUGAAUGGAGCGAAGAAGUUGAAUUUCACUAUGAUUACCAAGUAACAGUUGAAGACAUUCUGCAUAUGGCUGUUCCCAUAUCCUGCAUACUGAUCAUGGCAGUAUCUGUAAUUUGCUACUUCUGUUUUACCAAAGUGAAGAAAGAAUGGUGGGAUCAAAUCCCAAAUCCAGCAAAGAGCCAUUUGGUUGUAAAAAAUGUCAAGUUUUCAGUUAUGUGCUACAUUGAUGAAAUUAAGUUCCCUUUCCAUGACUUAAAGCAGAGUCAUAUGGAAAACCAAAUAAGUUGCAAGAACUGCCUGGCUCAAAGUUUGUCAAGCCAAAACUUCAAAGGAAAAGAUAACAUCAGAAAUAUUGAGAAAUCUUGCAGUUGCCACAGCAAGUCUGGAGAGUGGUUUCCAAAAGGCAGCAGUGCAGUUUUAACCCCUGAGACAAUUCUGCUUGAAGAGUCCAUAGAAAUCUGCGAAUGUUUAACAGACGUUGAGGCUGAGAGCGAGGAAGAGACUAGUGACCAGAUCACCAUGUUUGAGCCUUGCGAGAGCAGUGUCAGUGCUUUCAGAGAGGACACUGAACACAAUGAUGCACUAGCUAGCAUGUUUAUUGAGCUCCUGGCAGAUGAAAACAACGUGCAAGAAAAUAAAGACUCAGACGUCAUCACUGGUGAGAAUAAAAUCUUUGAGAAACUUGAGUCAGAAAAUCCAUCACAGCAAAAUCGAAAAGAAAGUGCAGCCCAGAGUCAGCAGCUGUGUGAUAUUUCUCAUACAGUCUCCUUUUUCACCAAAGCCUCUCCAGAUGACUACAAUGGUAGUACAGCCAGCAAGAAGUCAGAACAAUCAGAAGAAUCCUUUGAAUCUGGCUAUCAGAGCUCCAGCAUAAAUUCUGCUUCUCUGGAUUCAAGAGAUCUUGAACCUGUGGUUCAUCAAAGCCUUUUCCCAUGCAGUUCUGAAAGUCAGCAUGACUCGUGUGUCCUGAUCCAGGAAUCUCCAAAUAAACCAUCCUUUGGGACGAAAAGAGACAGAAUAAGCAACGCUGCACACAAGAGUUUUGACACCCUUGUGUCUCCAUCCACGGGGCUGUGUAGCUCUGCGUAUAAGAGCUUUGACACCCUUAUCUCUCCAUCCGUGGAGCCCUGUGGUUCUGCCUACAAGAGCUGUGACACCCUUAUGUCUUCAUCCGUGGAGCCCUGUGUUUCUGCCUACAAGAGCUUUGAUACCCUUAUGUCUCCAUCCGUGGAGCCCUGUGUUUCUGCCUACAAGAGCUUUGACACCCUUAUGUCUCCAUCUGUGGAGCCCUGUGGUUCUGCAUACAAGAGCUUUGAUGUUCUUGUGUCUGCCUUCAAGGAACCAAGCAGCUCUGCGUAUAAGAGCUUCGAUACCCUUCUCUCUCAGUCUGUGGGUAACAGUAGCCUGACUCUGUGUUUUGAAAAUGUGUGCUCCUCACCACCUUUGACAUGCUUUUCAGAGACACAUGCCAAUGACAGUACUUCAGCUUUCCUACCAGAGGAAGAAAUAUAUAAGCAAGUAACAUACCAAAAUGUUCAAAAGAAAGCCAGUAUAAUUUCUUGCCCCAUUGGACCUCAGCCAUCUGGUUAUCAACCUUUUGAUAAUGCAGUUAAAUUGAGGGUUCCAGACUGGCACCUGCAGUUAAAAAAAGACCAGUAG